UCUUUUAAUAGAAACAACACUCAAAGCUCGAGGGUUUCAGGGAAAGAGAAGGAGAGGGAGAGAGUGAGGAGGAGAGCUCGGCGAUCAUGGAUGCGUAUGCGCUGCAUCUGGCGAUGGCGGCGUUGGUUGGGGCUUCCUUCGUCGCUGUCUCAGCUUACUACAUGCACCGCAAAACCCUAACGCAGCUCUUGGACUUCGCUCGCGCUCUUGAGCGGAAACGGGAUCGGGAACGUGGCGCCGGCGAUGAGGAAGCUGAUUAUGGACAGCAGGUUGUGAAGAAAGGGGCGCAGCGGCGAGGGGGUCCGGUGUAUCGCCGGAAGGCGGCUUAUUAUAAGCGGGGAGGGGGGUCGGCUUCGCUGCCGGAGAUGGCGUUGGUUGGGGCGGAGGUGGAUGGGGAGGCGGAGGGAGAUGUGGAGGAGCUGGCGGGGCCGAUGAUGAAUGGGCAGUUUUUUGCUCCUGGUGCGGGUGCUGGAGAAGGGAUGUUGAUACCUCCGGGAUUGCCCCGUCUCCAUACUGUUCACGAAGGUAAUAAACAACCUACUCGUGCAACUCCAACUAAAAGAUCUGGACACUUCAUCAAACCGACUUCUCCCAAGUCUCCUGUUGCUAGUGCUAGUGCCUUUGAAAGUUUGGAGGGAUCAGAUGAAGAGGAUAGUCUUGCCAUUGAUGCAAAACUUGAUACUUCCUAUUUACAUGCUAAUGGAAAUUUUGGACCUGAUUCUAAUAGCUUAUUUCAAAAUAUGCCUACUGACAUCACUGCAAAUGCUGAGGCUAAGCCAUUAUCUUCUAGCAUUAUUCGAUCUCAUAGUGUAUCUGGAGAUCUGCACGGUGUUCAACCUGAUCCAGUGGCAGCAGAUAUUCUUCGCAAGGAGCCUGAACAAGAAAGGUUUGCAAGACUUAAAAUAUCACCAACUGAGACACCAUCUGUGGAUGAAGCUGAGGUUUACAAAAUUCUCCAGAACUGCCUUGAGUUGCGCAAGAGUUACAUCUUCAGAGAAAAGGUUGAGCCUUGGGAGAAGGAAGUAAUCACUGACCCCAGUACACCGAAGCCAAAUGCAGAGCCAUUUGCCUAUGUUGAGGAGCAGAAAACUGAUCAUAUAUUUGAAAUGGUAGAUGGAGUUGUGCAUGUUUAUCCAAACAAAGAUUCAAAGGAAAGACUCUUCCCUGUCGCUGAUGCUACAACUUUCUUCACGGAUUUGCAUCACAUCCUUCGUGUAACUGCUGCAGGGAAUAUCCGAACUUUAUGUCAUCAAAGGCUGGUUCUUCUGGAACAAAAAUUCAAUCUUCAUUUGAUGCUUAAUGCGGACAAGGAAUUUCUUGCACAGAAAAGUGCACCACAUCGUGAUUUUUAUAAUGUUCGGAAGGUUGAUACUCAUGUUCAUCAUUCAGCAUGCAUGAACCAGAAACAUCUAUUAAGGUUUAUAAAGUCAAAGUUGAGGAAAGAACCUGAUGAGGUUGUGAUAUUUCGAGAUGGAACUUAUUUGACAUUGAAAGAGGUCUUUGAGAGCUUGGAUUUGUCUGGGUAUGAUCUUAAUGUUGAUUUAUUAGAUGUCCAUGCAGACAAGAGCACUUUUCAUCGGUUUGACAAGUUCAAUUUGAAGUAUAAUCCUUGUGGCCAGAGUAGGCUUAGGGAGAUUUUCCUUAAGCAAGAUAAUCUCAUCCAAGGGCGUUUCCUUGGGGAGCUAACAAAGCAAGUUUUUUCAGAUCUCGCUGCAAGUAAAUACCAGAUGGCUGAAUAUCGAAUAUCAAUAUAUGGAAGGAAACAAAGUGAGUGGGACCAGCUUGCUAGUUGGAUUGUGAACAAUGAUUUGUACAGUGAAAAUGUUGUUUGGUUGAUUCAGAUACCGCGAUUAUAUAAUGUGUACAAGGAAAUGGGGAUUGUUACGUCAUUUCAAAAUAUUCUUGAUAAUAUAUUUCUUCCUCUCUUUGAGGUCACUGUUAACCCAGAUUCACAUCCUCAGCUACAUGUUUUCCUAAAACAGGUUGUUGGAUUGGACUUGGUGGAUGAUGAAAGCAAACCUGAGAGACGACCAACAAAACAUAUGCCUACACCAGCUCAAUGGACAAAUGUUUUCAAUCCUGCCUUCUCAUACUAUGUGUACUAUUGUUAUGCAAACCUGUAUACUCUGAACAAGCUUCGUGAAUCCAAGGGUAUGACAACUAUCAAAUUUCGACCACAUUCGGGAGAGGCUGGUGACAUUGACCAUCUUGCUGCAACUUUUCUUGUUGCGCACAAUAUUGCUCAUGGAAUCAACCUGAGGAAGUCUCCAGUCCUUCAAUACUUGUAUUACCUGGCUCAGAUUGGUUUGGCUAUGUCCCCCUUAAGCAACAACUCCUUAUUCUUAGAUUAUCAUCGGAACCCUUUUCCGAUGUUCUUUCUGCGAGGUCUGAAUGUAUCUCUAUCAACUGAUGAUCCUUUACAAAUUCACUUAACAAAAGAACCACUGGUGGAGGAAUACAGUAUUGCUGCCUCGGUUUGGAAGCUAAGUUCAUGUGAUUUAUGUGAAAUUGCUAGGAACUCAGUCUAUCAAUCUGGUUUCUCGCAUGCUCUCAAGUCACAUUGGAUUGGAAAGAUGUACUACAAGAGAGGUCCUGAUGGAAACGAUAUACACAGGACAAACGUGCCUCACAUCCGUGUUGAGUUCCGGUACACGAUAUGGAGAGAGGAAAUGCAGAUAGUGUACCUGGGCAAGGCUAAUAUAUGUGAGGAAAUUGACAACUAAGAGAUAACCCAGUGCUAUUUUCUUGGUGCAUUAUACUACUUUUGAGUUCAAGGUGUAUUUAGUCAUCUUCAUAGAAAGAAGAAGCUAUUUGAGCCUUGAUGAUCCAAUCUGCAUUCCAGAUUUUUUCCGGGACAUCUGGGACCGCAGGCCUUGCAAUAUUAUGGAUUCGCAAGGAACAAUACUCCGAAUCUAUAAAACCUUACCAGAGAGCAAGUCGGUAUUAAUCUCUGGUCAAAGGGAGAUCACACCCAAGUAUGGAUGUUAUUACUUACCUAGUUCCAAGGUAUAGUGUGAAUGUUAAAGAGUUUUGCAUGAUUCUUGGUCAAAAGUUAUUUCUGAGAUCUUGCAAUCAGAAUAAAAGUUGAAUUAUAUGACACUUGGGGCUCAUAUUAUCUUAUGACUAAAAACUGAUGUUAUUUUCUUCAGUGAUGUUUCUGGUAAUAAUCUCUCUGAUGCCCCAUUGUGUACUUCUCCAUGUUAAAUGAACUGAAAGAAACUGAGCUUAUUAUUGAAUUACCUUUUUGGUG